UAACGACGUCGUAUUAAAAAAAUCGAAUCCUCUCAUUUCCUCCCUUUGCGUUAAAACCCCACACACCCGCCACUAGCUGCAAACAGAGCUCGCCAAUCCCUCUGUUCAGCCUCUUCAAACCUCUCUCUCUUUGAAGAGAAAACCCGAAGAAGAAGAAGAAGAAGACAAACCCUAACCGAGACACGUGUCAUUUCCCCUCAGCAAAUGGCUUCGUCCCUCUUUCAACUUCAACACACUUCCUCAUCAACCAUGCCUUUUGCUCCUUCUUCUUUUUUUUCCGGCGUCUCUCAUGGCCUCACUUUUCCAACAUUAGGUUUUGUUGACCUUUCUCGCUCUCGAACCGUCGCGUAUAAUACAGUGAAAUGUGAUAUGUCGGAAGCAUCAAAUGUUGUUAACGGAAAACCGAUUGUUCCCGUUAUCAAUGAACAAACACUGCCCAAGUUCAUGGAAUCUGAGAAAACCGUUAGUAGAAACGGUAACAAGUUGAAAUUGUUCUCCGGCACCGCUAAUCCUGCUCUGUCCCAGGAAAUUGCUCGGUACAUGGGACUGGAACUUGGAAAAAUAACCACAAAGCGAUUUGCUGAUGGUGAAAUCUAUGUCCAGUUACAAGAGAGUGUUAGAGGUUGCAAUGUGUAUCUUAUACAGCCAACUUGUCCUCCUGCUAAUGAGAAUCUCAUGGAGCUUCAAGUAAUGAUUGAUGCUUGUCGGAGAGCAUCGGCCAAAAAUAUCACUGCUGUGAUUCCGUACUUUGGAUAUGCUAGAGCUGAUAGAAAGACUCAAGGGCGUGAAUCGAUUGCAGCUAAACUUGUUGCUAACCUUAUUACCAAAGCUGGGGCAGACCGUGUUCUUGCUUGUGACCUUCAUUCAGGGCAGUCCAUGGGUUACUUUGAUAUUCCUGUGGAUCAUGUGCAUUGUCAGCCUGUGAUCCUUGAUUAUCUUGCUAGUAAGACAAUAAGUUCAAAUGACUUGGUGGUUGUUUCCCCUGAUGUGGGCGGCGUUGCGAGAGCACGUGCUUUUGCAAAGAAAUUAUCUGAUGCACCUUUAGCUAUUGUAGACAAAAGGCGCAGUGGACACAAUGUAGCUGAGGUGAUGAAUCUGAUUGGUGAUGUAAAAGGAAAAGUUGCAGUAAUGGUGGAUGAUAUGAUUGACACUGCUGGAACCAUUGCUAAGGGUGCAGCACUAUUACAUGAAGAGGGUGCUAGGGAAGUUUAUGCUUGUUGUACUCAUGGUGUUUUUAGCCCUCCUGCAAUCGAGAGGCUGUCCAGCGGCUUAUUUCAAGAGGUGAUAAUCACGAACACUAUUCCGGUAGCAGAGAAGAACUAUUUCCCCCAGUUAACUAUUCUUACCGUAGCAAACCUGUUGGGUGAAACUAUUUGGCGUAUUCAUGAUGAUAGUUCUGUCAGUAGUAUUUUUCAGUGAACAAUAUAAAUUGCCUUCUGCAGUUUUUUUCAAUGAAUAAAUGUAGUUUAUCACAGGCCUAUAACCAUUUUUCACCUCGUUAGUGGACCUUUAUCUUUAUAUAUAAUAAAGUUUAAUAUACA